AUGAGACAUCGGGCCUUCAUUAAUGCCGGGGGCCGAGUCUUUGAGACACACUUCUCCACCUUGCUACGCUACCCGAACACACCUUUUGCAAAGAUGUUCUCGCUGCCAGCGACUGGGCGUAAGAAGUGCAAAUAUUUUGUGGAUGCCACCCCUCAGGUGUUUGAAUACGUGUUAAGUUUUCUGAGAACGAGCCAACUGCAACUUCCGAGGGAUAACGAGCAGUUACGGGCCGAGAUUGUUCACUGCCUCGACGUUUGGGGACUUCUGGAGCACGCCUUUCCUGCAGCUCCCCAAAGUAUCUCCAGCUCAGAUGUUGUCGAACUUCCUGACAUAUGUGUGGUGCAGGUGUGUGAUCAUAUGCAGCAUGAUCAGGGCGUCAAACGGCACGCGCUCACCAUCACAUUUGGGGCAAAUGGUUUUCAGUUGCGGCGACUUACACAACGCAUUCGACGCGACUUGGAGAAACUGAUAUCCUCAACCUACUGGCAGUGCUACCAGACCAACGAGCGUGCAGCAUUUUUUGUGACUACGAAGGUGGCAAACGGAACAGCGGAUCUUCUGACGACAUCGGUGACGCAACAACUCAUUGAGCACACGGAGGCCAUGGGGUACUUCUUGGCUUCAUCAUACGUUACACUAAGUCCUGACGUGGUCCACACCAGCGUGCGCAUGCUUAUUCAUAACUUUACUUUUCGGCGUGCGCGGCAGACGGUGUUGGAGUUAGGCGACGAGAUGGCAAUGCCGGGGGGGGAUGAUAUCAUCGAAACCCACAAGAACAUUUCCUCAAUGCGUGUUGGCCCACAGAAAACAUCGCUGUAUGAGGAGCGGUCAUUGCCACCGAACAGCACCAAGGCAUCGGACAUAUGGACAAUGCGGUAA